CCCGCCCCGUCCCGGCCGGGCCGGCUCGCCUGUCAGUCACUGGGGCGGAGGCAGCGGCAGUGGCAGGGCCGGAGACUGAGGGUGAGAAGAGAGCGGGCCUGGCCGAGCCGAGGGGACCUGCCACAGCCCCUUAACUCCACGGACUCUUCGCCCGAGACUUGCGAAGCUGUACCCCUGCGCUUCGUUGGACGCCUCCGUAACCCGCGAAGGGCUCUCUCCCCCGUAACCUCCCACCCCCGUGACCUCUUCCUAGAACCCGAGAUCUCACUAGGGUGUUGUGGUACAGGCCAUCGACCCUGUGACCCCUUGGUUUUCCCCAGGCCUCGCUUCCCUAUGACUCCCUCCUCAUAGAUUCUGGGGACGGAACCCUGAUCUACCAUCAGGACCCCCGCCGGCAAACUCCUCACUGACGGCUUUCUCCUAGGAGUUCCCCUCAGUGGGUCUCCUCCAAAGAGCACCCCUUUUGGCCUCUGGCUAGCCCCCCACCCUCAACCGAGGUGGGGCGGCCUCGGCAGCCAUGCUUGCCCUGGGACCCCUGUCACCCCACCACUUCCUGGGCACCCAAGCCGGAGUCUAGCAGGGGGCCAGCAGCCAAGAGGCUGGGGCAGGAGACAGGUCACGGUCCACCUCCCUGCUGGGGAGGGAGCAAAGAUGGAGCGGCGGGAGGAGCAGCCGGGGGCUGCAGGGGCUGGAGCAGCACCAGCCUUGGACUUCACGGUGGAGAACGUGGAGAAGGCGCUGCACCAGCUCUACUAUGACCCCAACAUUGAGAACAAGAACCUGGCUCAAAAGUGGCUGAUGCAGGCCCAGGUGUCCCCACAGGCCUGGCACUUCAGCUGGCAGCUCCUGCAGCCGGACAAGGUGCCUGAGAUCCAGUACUUUGGGGCCAGCGCCCUACACAUCAAGAUCUCUCGCUACUGGAGUGACAUCCCUACUGACCAGUAUGAGAGCCUAAAGGCACAGCUCUUCACCCAGAUCACCCGCUUUGCCAGUGGCUCCAAGAUUGUGCUGACUCGGCUGUGCGUGGCACUGGCCUCACUGGCUCUCAGCAUGAUGCCCGACGCUUGGCCAUGUGCUGUGGCAGAUAUGGUACGGCUGUUCCAGGCUGAGGACUCACCGGUGGAUAGCCAGGGCCGCUGCCUGGCCCUGCUGGAGCUGCUGACAGUGCUGCCCGAGGAGUUCCAGACCAGCCGCCUGCCCCAGUAUCGCAAAAGCCUGGUGCGGACCAGCCUGGCAGUGGAGUGUGGGGCUGUCUUCCCACUGCUGGAGCAGCUGCUGCAGCAGCCCAGCUCACCCAGCUGUGUGCGUCAGAAGGUGCUCAAGUGCUUUUCCAGCUGGGUGCAGCUGGAGGUACCGCUGCAAGACUGCGAGGCGCUCAUUCAGGCUGCCUUCGCUGCUCUGCAGGACUCAGAGCUCUUUGACAGCAGUGUGGAGGCCAUUGUCAAUGCCAUCUCACAGCCUGAUGCCCAGAGGUACGUGAACACACUCCUAAAACUCAUCCCACUGGUGCUGGGACUGCAGGAUCAACUGCGACAGGCAGUACAGAAUGGGGACAUGGAGACCUCCCACGGCAUCUGUCGCAUUGCUGUGGCUCUGGGCGAGAACCACUCCCGGGCCUUGCUGGACCAGGUGGAGCACUGGCAGAGCUUCCUGGCCCUUGUCAACAUGAUCAUGUUCUGUACGGGCAUCCCUGGCCACUUCCCUGUCAACGAGACCACCAGCUCCUUGACCCUCACCUUCUGGUACACACUGCAGGAUGACAUUCUGUCCUUUGAGGCAGAGAAACAGGCUGUGUACCAGCAGGUGUACCGGCCAGUCUACUUCCAGCUGGUGGAUGUGCUUCUGCACAAGGCCCAGUUCCCUUCUGAUGAAGAAUAUGGAUUCUGGUCCUCAGAUGAGAAGGAGCAGUUCCGAAUUUACAGGGUGGACAUCUCAGACACGCUCAUGUAUGUCUAUGAGAUGCUGGGGGCCGAGCUCCUCAGCAACCUCUAUGACAAGCUGGGCCGUUUGCUCACCAGCUCAGAGGAGCCCUACUCCUGGCAGCACACAGAGGCCCUGCUCUAUGGCUUCCAGUCCAUCGCAGAGACCAUCGAUGUCAACUACUCUGAUGUGGUGCCUGGGCUCAUUGGCCUCAUCCCACGGAUCAGCAUCAGCAACGUGCAGCUGGCAGACACCGUCAUGUUCACCAUUGGAGCUCUAUCUGAGUGGCUGGCUGACCACCCCGUCAUGAUCAACAGCGUUCUACCCCUUGUGCUGCAUGCUUUAGGCAAUCCCGAGCUCUCUAUCUCUUCUGUGUCCACCCUCAAGAAGAUCUGCCGAGAGUGCAAGUAUGACCUGCCGCCCUACGCUGCCAACAUCGUGGCUGUCUCCCAGGAUGUGCUGAUGAAACAGAUCCAUAAGACGAGCCAGUGCAUGUGGCUCAUGCAGGCGCUGGGCUUCCUGCUAUCAGCCUUGCAAGUGGAGGAGAUCCUUAAAAACCUGCACUCGCUCAUCUCACCAUAUAUCCAGCAGCUGGAGAAGCUGGCAGAAGAGAUACCUAAUCCUUCCAACAAGCUGGCCAUUGUCCACAUCUUGGGGCUUCUCUCCAACCUCUUCACCACACUGGACGUCAGUCACCAUGAGGAUGAUCAUGAAGGCCCUGAGCUCCGGAAGCUGCCAGUGCCACAGGGACCUAACCCCGUGGUGGUGGUACUGCAGCAGGUCUUCCAGCUUAUUCAGAAGGUGCUGAGCAAAUGGCUGAAUGAUGCCCAGGUGGUAGAGGCGGUGUGCGCUAUCUUUGAGAAGUCCGUUAAGACGCUGCUGGAUGACUUUGCCCCCAUGGUGCCACAGCUGUGUGAGAUGCUGGGGCGGAUGUACAGCACCAUCCCCCAGGCCUCCGCUCUUGACCUCACUCGACAGCUGGUCCACAUCUUUGCUCAUGAGCCCGCCCACUUUCCCCCCAUUGAGGCCCUCUUCCUGCUCGUCACCUCCGUCACACUCACCCUCUUCCAGCAAGGCCAGAAGCCUUUGGCUGUGACCCCAGCCCCCCAGUCACUACGGCCCUCUGCCUGAGAGAAGUUGGGAGUGGGGGGCUCCAGGCUUCCCCUGCUGCCUAACCCAGGCUUCUCACUUGGAGAAGAAACAACGUUGUUCCGUCAGCCACCUGAGUUUGCCUAGAGUCACGCUCACAGGCUUGAGGCUCACCAGGAGUCUUAGCUGGAGUCAGAGUGCUCUCUGCUUCUGUCCUCAGUAUUUGGUCCCCUGAUGCUGACCUCUGCUCUGGUGGACCAUGGGUUGUUUCCAGAGUGGGGAGAAAUCUGAGCCAGACCCGGAUGUGGUCCUCCUCAGCCUCACCUCCCCCCACCCUCCACGGCCACUGUUCAUCUGGAUCGCCUCAGCAAUCUUCUGACUGGUUUCCCUGGCAUCUGCCCUUCUCCAACCCGUUCUGCACCCAGCAGCUGUAAUAUUUUUUAUAAGACACAAAUCUGAGCACUUUGCCCUACCCGGCUUAAGGCCUUUCCGUUGCUCCCCGUCACCCUCAGGUUAUGGUCCCCACUGCCCGCCACCACGUGACAUAGACCUGCAUACUUCUCAUCGGUCAUUCCUGAACGGCUUCAGCAGUCCAGCCACCCUGAUAUUUCCCCCAUCAUGUCCCCUUUGAUCUCUGUACCCUGCUCCUCUGCCUGGAUUGCCCUGUGCCCUUCACUGGGUGAGCUCUCUCUCCUCCAUGCCUUACCCCUGCAUCAGUCCUCGGAAGCUUCUCUAAGGCAGAGCUGGGUGCUUCUGACCUUGCGCCAGAACUGCAUGGGCACGCACCGCUGAUACAGCGUUGAUCACACUCAGUAAGCAGCUUCCAUGACUGCCUCCCUCCCUGGACUAAGCCCCUCAAGGGCAGGCUUGGGUCUCUUCUGAAUCCCUCAGAACAAGGGCAGCAGAGACCAGACACCAGACAUUGUUGAAGAAAGGAGGCAAGGUCUCCUGGCUCUUGGAGCCUUUCUUCCUCACUGUCCAGCCUACCUCUAGCAGGGUGGCUGCUGAACCUCAAACCUGCCAUCUACAGGGACCCCAGGCUUGGGUACGUUGGGCCUCACUUUACAGGACUUGCCCCCUCAGCUUAGGGGGCAGAUGUGGAAGGGACAGGCUUUAUCAAGCGUUUCUCACAGCCUGAAGGAAUUAGGGAAGAGAUGAUUACCGACUUGAGAGUCGGGGAAACUGAACGUGGAUGGCUUGCACAAGAUCACACAGCUGCUUCGUGGUAUCUCAGGCAGGGGUUCCCACAGCGUCUCCCCCUGAGAGUGGGGCGGCCAGGCAGGGGCUCCAGGCCACGCCUCGUCCUUGCUGAAGGUGUCAUCAGAACUGGAGGCAGGACAGUGUCCAGCAUCCUACUUGUUGGGCCUGUUGGUUGUCUUACAGGACAGGCUGCCCCCCGCUCACCUGCUUCGCUGUCCCAGUCUUGCCAUACCUUCCUCGGGCUCUGCCCUCCCGCUGCACCGUGGGGUGGCACUCUGACUGGUUUCCCUUUCUUCGUGCGCCCAGAUGGUGGGAGGGGGUCGUCAGCCCUGGGCCUGGCUCUCUGCUGAGUCUGUGUCCAUGCGGAGGGGCAUUGUGGGCGGGGCUCUCAUUUUUGCCUCAUCAUGCAGCUCCUUCCCCUGGGCCUUGACUGGCCAGCCCCACAGCAUAUCAGGCACUGCCGAACCCAAGAAGGAGUCUUCUGGAUUAAGAGAACCCUGUAGAUUCCUUUCUUUGGGUAGACCAAGAGCCCUAAGGGCAAGAAAGGGAGCGGACACCUGCUCAGACCAUGAUGCCCAGGAAGGGCUUUCAGCCAGGCCUCCUAUGGCAGUACCAAGGACCAAUCUCCCGCCAGCCCUGCCCUCCUCUUGAUGAUGAGUGAUGGGGAGGUAUGUGAUCGGAAGCAGUGUAGGGCCACUGCAGGAUGCCAGAGGCCACAACAAGAGUGUGGGGGCUGUUUGUCCAGCUACAUGGUGGCCAGCAUUGCUCAAGCACUGCAGGGUCCCUUGGGGACUGACCUGAGGAGGAGUAGGUGGAAGGCCCCUUGGGAGGGAGCUGGGGCAGACCGUCCUUCACUUUGCCGUCUCUUUCUGUUGGGCUUCUCCCAGUUCAUGGUUUUUGUAUGUUUUGUUUCUUUAUCUUGCUUCCUGCUGCUCAUGUGCCCCCACGCUGUCUCCCUGCAGGCUCUCAGUCCCACAUAACUAUAUGAGGUUGAGUUGCUGUUUGUAUAAUUUUUUCUUAAGUUCCAUCUUUAUUAUA